CUGGCUGCCAAGGUGCUUGUAAACAAUAAAUGGCGGAAUGAACGGGAAACAGCAUGUCAAGCUCAGAUGAAUCUUGCGCAUCAAAUGAGACCUGGAAACCAUGGUGAUGAAAAUAAUUAAGACACCUGAGUUUUACCCAGAAUGCCAGAGGAACGACAAACAACGGGUUAUCUAUCAGGACAGGGCACAGACCCUCCGAAACCCAAACUGGCGUCGGGGAAAUACUACGAUAUUGCGGCGACGCUAUUUAGCACUGGUCGUUCAGGGGAAUUGGUGGAUCUGUUUAUAGCAGCUGCCAGGGAUGGGGAUUACAGUCGAAUAGAGAGCUUGGUGCAGAGGCGUGGAGAUGCGGUGGUCAGUGUGGAUGUGAAGGACAAACGGACAGGCAACACUGCUCUUAUCUGGGCAGCCAAACGAGGACACAACAAGAUAGUACAGUUGCUUCUCAAACAUGGCGCAGAUGUUACUUUGAAAAACUAUGACGGGAAGACAGCGGUAGAGGUUGCCUCCCCAGGUAUCAAGACGCUGUUACUGGACGCGGUGGCUCAGACCAGUCUGUCUGUGCAUCAGCGUCUCCUACAGGCAGCGUGGCAGGGCAACGCUGUCAUGGUUAAGCAACUCUUGUCUGAGAAUAAGGUGCUUGACAUAGACUGUCAGAACAGUGAUGGGUUAACUCCCCUGAUGCUGCUGUGCCGUGACCUCCGGCUGUUUGAGAGGUUAUCUGUACAGUUACACCGGGACUACAACCCUGCCCAUGUACUGGCCAUUCUUCUCGACCACCGAGCGAAUGUUCAUGCCGUGGAUGCGGAUGGAAAAAGUGGCCUUCACUAUGUGUCUCUUAGCAGUGCGAGUUGUGCCAAACAGUUGGCUGAAGAUCUCUUACAUCACGGCUCACAAACUGAUCAAAGGGACAGGCAGUGUUUCACCCCCAUUCACUUCGCCUCACAGACAGGAAAUGUGGGCGUCAUCACAACCUUGAUUGAUGGAGGGUCAGAGGUUAACAUUCGAGGAUUUGCUGGUGCCACACCCCUUCAUUACACAGCCUACAAUGACCACGACCGUGCUGCAGCCACCUUACUGGAGCAUGGUGCAGACAUCUCUCUGACAGAUGACCAGGGGAUGACGGCGCUGGAUGUGGCACGCAGCAAGAGGAUGAAGAGUUGUCUGCGGGAGGCUUGGGCGGAGAUGGUGCAGAGUCGACAAGAAGUAAGCCUGGCCCCGGUCAGACAGCCAACUCGGGACGGCUCACGCCUUUCCAUGAGAGGUGACACCCCAGACCUAAGGGCAGAGACGCCCCAAACUCGCAGACACCAGGGGGAGGUCCUAUUUGAUGGUUUACCUUUGAAUCCAUUUGGGAGCCCAAUCAUCCACUCUUCCAGGAAGAGUAAACCAGCAAAGCCGAUGACUCCUGGGGAGAAAGCUGCGUUUGCUGAGGAACAGAUGCUGAUAGAGAGAGGAAAGUCGUCCUCAUCACUAUUGACAACCAAGUCUAACAUGAACGUUUGUCCAUUCUACAUCAUUAGAGAGGGUGUGAGAAGACUGGGUGUUUGUCGCCAGGGCUCCAGCCGGAAGCCCAACCCUCUUCCCCAGUGGUCUAGAUCAGUGGACAAGCUGCCCCCUGUACAUGGGGACGGAAUAGAGUCAGCCUCCUCUAAACAAAAACCCAAACCUGGAGCUGUACGCUAUCAGAGGAGUCUGACAGAGAUUAGCAAAGCAACCCAAAACAACAAGCUCUCUAAACUAUAUACUUACCCACGUGCGCAGUCAAGGAGGAUGGGCGUACACUUGAGUCGUGACUCCCCAAUAGCAGUUACACGGCUGACACCUGAUGUGGAUGAAGAAAACAGGUUAAAAAGACUUACACAGACACCCAGCCGGCCAACCCCCACUAGACUGACCCCCAACACACAGACCCCUGGAAGACAGACCCCAAGUAAUCGAAGGAGCCACACAAUGAGCUCACCUUGUCUGGCAGAUCUGGCUUUUACCUGUAAUGAUUACCUUUUCACCAGCAAAAGGCGCAGCAUGUCAACGCCCUCCUGUGGGAUGAGUGAUGACUAUGACACAGAGGAGGAGGAGGAAUUACUCUUCAGCCCCAAGGGUUCACCCCACCAGACGGGCUCGCCCCCUGGCACAGACCGGGCAAGGGUGAAGAUACCAUCCACUAUUGAGGAGAUUCGUUGCAUGUCAGUACAGGGCUGUCCCUUGCCCACCCUCGAACAAAUGAGGUUAACCAAGUCUGUUACCCCUGUACAGGGAGAACGGGUGUUCCCCAACUCCAAGAGGGUCUUACCUCCCACCCCAGUACAGAAAAGUCUCUCCAGCAUUGACCAGCUCCUGGAUGUGUCCAAUGGCUGUAAGGAUAGAUCCCCAAACUCUAGUGAGGAGUUUGAUGAAGGCAUUCACCUGACAUCUGGGGGAGAGGUCAUCCAGCUGGAGCGGAGAAAACCCUUCUUGAAGACAGAGUUUAUUAUAGAGGAGAGUCGCCCCAAGGAUCUUAUACUCCAUUCCUCAGGCAGUGACAGCUGUGACUCCCUGGAGUCCAAUCCAGUAAAACCUGUGCCAGGGUCUUCUCCAGUCAAGUCUGAACAGGCAACUGUUGCCAAAGUUAUGUCUUCUGAAGAGAUCUCUACAGCAUCCAGAUCCUCAACUAAGUAUGCGCAUGGAGUUUCAGCACCAUCACAGUACCCUGCAAAGUCAACCCAAGGAAGCCGCGGUGUUACCAGCUCCUCCUUCCAAAUCCACACAGGGAGCAUUGUUGACCAACCCAUUUCUCAAGCAAGUCAUGGGGUUAUGGUUAACACUUGGAACACACCUUCAGAAAGUGCUGAAGUGAGAUUACACCAGAACCCUGUGAAGGGGACCUCCAAUACAGACAAACUAAGGACUGUGGCCAAAGACAAUGCUACCUUAGCUGAAGCAUCAAGAGCAGCAAACUCUGUGGCUAAUGUCAGUUUGUCAUUUGCAGGUAAUGAUCAGCUAAUUGUUGCAGGAGAACAAAAACAUGAUGCUGCAAGUGACAGAGAUGAUGCCAUCAGGCAAGAGAUUAGUAAGAGCUACACCCCAGCUCCUACCCCAAGUCAGAAAUCCCCUGUCAAAGUCCCUGUUAAAAGUGCUGCACAAAAGCCAAAUAGUGCUUCUCAAAAGUCCAUGGCUGUGAAUCCAACAAGGCUGAUUUCUUCCAUGAAGAAGAGGGCAAUUUUGCGCUCAAAACAAACUGCUUCGUCGGAUACAUUGACAGAGAUUAAAGAGAAUGCAUCCUCUUCCAGACAAUCGCAAGUCUCUGGACAAAACACUGUCACCUCCAGAACCACUCGGAAAAGUGUUAGCACACUGUCAGGUAAUUCACAAUCCCGGCCACAGGAUGGUACGUUGUCAAAAUCUGUCCCAGCAUCUGUGCCAUCCAGCAUCAGUGCUCCAGCAAAACAAAGUAUUGUAGACAAUGGCAGUGUAAAACAAGCACAGGUGGAAAGUGGUUCUUCAGAAAGUGAUUGUCAGACACUAGCGGGGUCACCUGUGAAAGAAAGCACCCAAAUCAAGCCUCAUCACAGUGCUGACAGCAGUAUUUCACAUUUAACUGAACAUCUUGGCAAGACUCCAUUAGUGAAAAUAUUUUCAACUCAAUCAGAGCCCAGAUUUGUGUCUCGCCCAAUGGAGGCCCCAAUCAUUGAGCAAACCCCACUGAUUGUUAACCCUUUUGAAGAUUUCUUCUCCAACAUUGCAGGAGCUAAUGUCAGUGAGAAUGCAGACUCCAACACAAACUCCCCUGUUAAACAGCAGCGUGUUAACUCUGCCUCAUCAAGGAAACAGAUGGGCAAAACUAAAGUUAUGAAGGUUGCACAACUCAAGGGUAAACCAGCUCAUGGAAGUGUAGGUCAUACCAGUACUAAGAGAGUUUCCUCUGGCCGUAGGAGAGCCAGUCGUGCAGAACAGAAAGAGGAGAAAAGACCAGGGAGCAAUACACGAUCCAAAAGUCGACCUAAAUCUGGAAAGAGAGUCCGGUCUGGGAAAAACAGAGGUAAGAAGGCAGAUAAGGAGAACCUAGGUCGGGAAGCUGCUAAACCUGAUGUAGCUUUGAUCUCAGGGAUUGGCUGGCACAUAGCCACGUCCUGCGAGGACAAGUCUGACAUCCAGGCAGUGAGGUUGAACUUGAACUCAGACAGUUCAGAUGAGGAAGACAUCUUAAUCCCUAAGCUUAGCCCAUUCCGACCCUUCUCUUCUCCUUCCCCAAGGUUUGUGGAGGUCAAGACUCAACCACAGCAGUGUGAUAUGAAUUCAAUACUGAACCAUGAGGAACUCCCUCCUAUGAACCUGGACAUGUCCAGAAACACCAUCCACGGCUGUCCACAUGGCAGUCAGCUGGAGGUGAACCAUGCUGGUGUACAGCUUCUGCUGGACGACAAGGAGGUCAGUGAGCAGGACAUGGUGGACCAAACAUGCAGGUUGGCUCCUGCCCUGCAUGGGGAUCUGUUGAAGUGUGCUCUUAGCCCUAUCCCUGAGUCACCAUCACUGGUGAGUAGGACAUCCUCCUCUCUACAGCAGUUUUCCCAGACUAUCACUGACAAACAGCUGUCCGAUCUACUGGGUGUAUGCCAGGCGAAUGUACCUAUUAGUCAUCGAUCCAUCAGUGGUCAUCAAGGUCUCUCAGGGACCACUGUGGGCCCCCAGCAGGCUCCCCGGACCACAGGUGGUCAGGAAGCUGCAAUGUGUGAUGACAAUGACUCAGAUGAUACGCUGGUCAGUCAUCAGUCAGAGAGUGGUAAUGAAGAUGGUUCUUCUCACAGCAAGGCUCACAACUCUAAGUUUGUGGAGGUGAAACAGGACAAUGUUGAGGAAAGUGUAGAUGAGAUUGUUGAGGAGAUUCUCAGCUCAACUGGUCCUGCUAGUCUCAACUCCACCCUUAGGUCCAACUGGUCAGCUAGCUCCAGAAACAAUACCUUGACAGAGGCAGAUAGCAAGAUAUUAAAGUCUCUUCAUAAUACAGAGUCUCCAUUCCAUGCCAAAGUGAAGAACACUGAGAAUGAUGCAUUGCGAGAAAGUACAGACCAGGAAAGUUAUUUAGGGGCUAAUCCCGACUUGCUCAAAGUGUUCCAUGACGAUGACUUUAAACUGGGUCAAAGGAUGAAAGCUAUGAUUGAUGCAGGAGCAGAUCAUAACCGUGUGAAGGCCAUGAUUGAUGCAGGAGCAGACCACAGCCGUGUGAAGGUCAUGAUUGAUGCAGGAGCAGACGACAGCCGUGUGAAGGCCAUGCUGGAGGUGGAUGUUGAGGCCAAACAACUGGAGCGAAUCAUCCACAGCUUUAAGAAGAUGGAGCUUCAUGCUAGCGCAAACCCAUGGCAGAGGAGUGAGAGCCCACCUCUCAGUCAUUCCCCACAGAGAGGCAGGUCCUACACGCUAGAGAACCCUAAAUGCAGACAGGACAAACCUCCCCAAGGAAGGCCGCACUCCUCCGCAGGAUUUACUAGUGCUUCCAAAUCUAGGAGAGGGCGCUUUACAGAGAUUAAAGAUGGCCAGCAGAGCAUGAAGCAGUCAACAGAAAGCAUAGCUAGUGUUGGGAAGGACCCAUCUUUAGUUCAAGAGAAAAAUUCAUCCCUAAUGGAAAGCCAGCAGAAGGUACCUGAGCGUAAUGAGCUGAAUGACUCCAUUCAGAGAAGCACCAGUGCCUGUAGUUCAAGCAGCGCUCAUUCCAUCCCAAAGUCUGAAGAAGACACAAUAUGCUGGAAGAAAGGCAACAUUUUAGGUCGAGGAGCCUUUGGCACUGUUUGGUGUGGUCUGACAGGGGAAGGGGAGUUAAUCGCCGUCAAGCAGAUUGAGCUGAACACCUCUGACAUGGAGAAGGCUAAGCGAGAGUAUGAGAAGAUUCAGGAGGAAGUAGAGUUGCUCAAGACUCUCACACACAAGAACAUUGUUGGUUACCUGGGCACGAGUUUCGAGGACAAUUUUGUGAGCAUCUACAUGCAGUUUGUACCUGGAGGUUCCAUAGCCAGUGUUCUGGCAAGGUUUGGAGCCCUGGAGGAGAGAGUGUUCUGUCUGUACACCAAACAGAUCCUUGAAGGAGUCGAGUACCUGCACCAGAAUGAUGUUAUACACAGAGACAUCAAGGGAGGUAACAUCAUGCUGAUGCCGACGGGAGUGAUCAAGCUGAUAGACUUUGGCUGUGCCAAGAGGAUGUGUAUUAACCUUAGCAUGAGUCGCUCCCAGAUCCUCAAGUCCAUGAAGGGCACCCCAUACUGGAUGGCUCCUGAGGUCGUCAACGAGACUGGGCAUGGCAGGAAGUCUGAUAUAUGGAGUAUUGGUUGUACUGUCUUUGAGAUGGCCACAAGGAAACCCCCGUGGUCUGAUAUGUCUCCUCUGGCAGCCAUUUUUGCUAUUGGUUGUGAUAAACCCAUCCCUCAACUACCAGAUCAUUUCUCUAAAGACGUCCGUGACUUUGUCAACAAAUGCCUCACCAGAGAUCAGAAUGAGAGAAUGUCAGCUACAGAGGCUCUACAGCACAGAUUUAUUACGCGGAGACGGAAGAGUAGAGCCAUUUGAAGUCAUCAUACCCUGUAUGGAAAUGUUCCAGCCCAGAGGAGACUAUACGGUUGUAUAUCAUUUUUCCUAUCAUCCUAUGCAUAGUUUCAACCAACUAUGUCUUCAUAACUCCAGCUGACCAGGAGCAGCUCACUGAACAUCCAACCAUCAUGUUAGUUAUGAGUACAUAACAUUACAUGUUGUCCAUAAAACUGAGCAAGCAGCGACAGACUUGGUGUUCCAUCAACAUUUUCAGGAGAGCUAACAGUUAAAGGAGCAGCGUGGGAAGUGUGUGUUGACCAGGUGUUAACAACGGGUACAAGUGACCAAAUAACCAACCUGAAGCACCAGAUUGUAUUUCAACCACCUGUUCACCCACCCACCUAUCAUUUGGUGUUUAAAGAUGAUACUUCAGUCCCAGUUUUAGUGUUAACAGCUUCAUUGCCAAAGUUAACUGUGACUUAUCCAUUCACAGACUACAUUCUUUAUAUCUUUGUUUGAAUAGAUUUGAAAGUUUUACAUACUUGUAAAUAUACUUUUGCGUCUAAAAAGUAUUAUGUACUUCCUGUUUCUGUGCUGUAUCAGUGCUUCUUUAGAAUGAGUCUUGUGAUUUACAUCUGUGUGUACAGUGAACAACACCAACAAGGCAGUGAUUUAUAAAUGUACAUCUUUGUACACAGUGAACAACAGGUAUGUGUACUAUGAACAGCAUCCAUAUGGAGUGACUAACGUGUACAGUGAACAAAAUGUACAUUGUAGUGAUUUACAAAUGUACAUAUGUGUACACACUGAAUGAACAACAUCCAUGUGGACUGUGAACAUCCAUAUACUUGUUACUUGUACUAACACUUUUGUGUACAUGUUCAGUGAAUGACAGGUGUGUGUAUUUACAACUGUGUGUAAUAGUGAAAUGUAUAAUGUACAUUUUGUGAACAACAUCUGUAACAAAGUACAGUGUACAUAUAUAUUUACAGAGGAUGUCAUUACAUGUGUAAUGUUACAUAACUUAUAUACUGUAUAAGGUAUUUUAUUGGUAUUUUUGAACUUGAUAUAGGAAGUUAGGAUUCCAUGUUAGCAAUACAGCUUCUGUGUUGAACAACAUCAUUGAAGUAUUUGUCCACAUAACAUGAGUGUUUUAAGAGUAGCAUGUCUGGCUCUGCACUGGACAGUGACAGCAGACUACAUGAGAAUGCUUUACAACUAAGGGCUCUGUCCACAUUGACAAUUGUUUUAUACAUGAUAGGGCACUGCAUAACUCAUAAGGACUGCUGGGUAAGUUUGAAAUUAUCAUUUAUGACAAUCAAAAUUAACUUAAAUUGUAUACCACAAAAUGUCUUUUAAAUAUUUAUACUCCAUUAACAAGGGCAUUGACAUGUGAUACUAACCUCAUAACAAAUGAUAAUUCUUUCGAUGAAAAUAUACUGUAUUAAAUAACCCAUCACGGUAACCAUGGUAACCACUUGGCCGCUUAGGCCUGCGGGUGUUAUGUGCUACUGAUAAAUGCCUUUGUAUCUACAUGUAGCCUGUUUACUUAAGAUACGCCAUAUAUCAUGUUUCUUAAGAAAAUACAUGUACUCUUGUAUAUUAUAUUGUACUAGGGAAUUUGUGCCAUGUUUAAAUUAUUUUAUAUUUCAAUAAGUUUUACGGAAGUGAUUAUAUUUACAAAUCAUCUUCAUGCAUGCAUGUUGUGAUGAAGUUAACUUUAGUGGAACUUAACUGAACUGAAAUGUGCCCGAAGUCAUGCAGUGCAGUGAUGUUGUGACGGGUCAGAAGCAGAGAAAAAGUUGAGCAUCCAUUUUUGAGCUUCCUUUUAACUCUUUAGUGCAAGCUCAGUCUAAAUUAGUAAUCUUCCUUUAAUGGGUAUCUUCAACUACUAAAGACUGGCUUUUUCAAGUAAGACGUAUUGCUUGAUUCUGAUUUAUUCGUCCACCUUAUAGUGCAAAGUUUAAUUCAUCCACCUAAUAGUGCCCAUCCACCUUAUAGUGCCAAGUUUGAUUAAUUUCUUUAUUAUGAACCUACUUGUUUUAAGGCUUUCAUAUGCUUCUGAAAGGUGGAUGUUAAUUGGACAAACUUCAGGUAAAAAACAGUAACUUGUAACCCAGUCAUGUCGCUACAGUUAGCAAACAGAAGGACUGAGAAUACUUUGCACUGGCUUGAUUUAAGUGUGCACAAUGCACAGUGCCAUAUAUGUAUACUUUACAAGUACCCAUAUACAUACAUGCAACCACGCAGUAUUUUACCUGGCAGCCAUUAAUCUCACUGUACAUUGCUGUAUGGCAGUAUUGUCAGUUUUAUACUUCAGCAUGUUUGGUUCAGUCCUACUUUUACAUGGUAGUUACAUGGAAUGGUAUUUGAUCUUGGUCAACCUCUAGUUUUAUAACACCGAAGUACAUGUAUUCCCAUUUUUAGACUUAAUGUUGAAAGUGACGUUGAAAUUUGUUUUCCAAGAGUUGAACUGUACAUAGGAAUCGUCACUUUGAUGUACAUGUAUGCUGUACAUUCAUGUCAUGUUCAGACAUAGAGUAUUAUUACCUGUUUAUCUGCUUUUGAGUUCUGUAAUAUCUAUUUAUGCAUCAUUCCUAAGGUCUUAACAUGUCAUAUUAGAGUGCUAAUAUUGUGAUGGUGUAUAUGUAUAAAGCAUUUGGUUCUCUUAAGGGCAUGUACAAAUGUAGGUACGUGUACAGUGGCAGUAUUUAUACCUACAAGGUAUUGACAACCAUGUUAUUUUAAAAUGAUGGUCACAUGACAGAGUAUAAUAUUACUUUUAGUAGUACACAACAGACACUAUUUUUAAAAUACAUGAAUGUUUAAAGAAUCCUGAUUUGUUUGUAUUUGAUUUAUUAAGAUCAGUGCACUUCUGAUCAGUAUUGUAUGACUAGAAUUCCUUAGCCAUCUAAGCACUACAAGUUGAGAAAUGACAUCAGCUGGGUGGGCAAAUUUUAAAUUUUUACUGCUUUUUUCUUGUACCAGCUUGGGGCAAAGUGAUUAAAAUAUUUUUCA